GAGCAGUAAAUAGCUUGCCGUAUCUACUUCAUUGAGCAAUCAUCUAUCACCAUCCAUACAACCAACCCUUCACCCCAUUUCUCUCCCUUCCCUCUCUAUAAAAACCAAUCAACAAUAUCAUUUCCUUCUUAAUUUCUUAAACUUUCCUAUUUCCUUUUUCCUAUAUACCUCUCUACCAAUUCUUUAUAUUAUUAAUACAUUCUAAAAUCUUUUUCUUUUUCUUUUCUCUACUUGUUUUCUGCACCUCCCCUCAAUUCCUCCCCAAAAGCCAACUCCUUUUUUUCUUCCAAUCUCUUUAAUCCAUUUUUGGGUCUUAUUUUUUUAUUUUUUAUUUUUUUCAAUCUCCAAGAAAACAAUAGGGGGGAUGCUACUACCCUUAUAGAGUGGCAGUUUUUGUCCACUAUCAUGUGCAAAUGGUAGCUCAAAUUUUUUCCUAUAAAUAUAUAUAUAAAUGUCUUAUUGUAUAGGAAACUGAAUUAGUAUCAUCUUCAAGUUGAAGCAACAAUGGCAAUCUUCAUAAUAAUUCUUGGUGUUGCUUUUGUGUUCUGUUUUUGCUCUGCUUUGUUAAAAUGGAAUGAAGUAAGAUACAGAAGAAAAGGUUUGCCACAAGGGACAAUGGGGUGGCCUGUUUUUGGAGAAACAACUGAGUUUCUUAAACAAGGUCCUAACUUUAUUAUAAAUCAAAGGUCAAGGUAUGGCAGUUUUUUCAAAUCACACAUAUUGGGGUGUCCUACAAUUAUAUCAAUGGAUCCAGAACUUAAUAGAUACAUAUUGAUGAAUGAAUCAAAAGGGUUUGUUCCUGGAUACCCUCAAUCCAUGUUAGAUAUCUUAGGAAAAUGUAAUAUUGCAGCUGUUCAUGGCUCCACUCACAAGUACAUGAGAGGGACAUUGCUUUCAAUCAUUAGCCCCACCUUGAUCAGAAAUCAACUUUUGCCUAAAAUUGACGAGUUCAUGAGAUUUCACUUAUGUGAUUGGGAUCACAAACUCAUCAACAUUCAAGAUAAAACUAAAGAGAUGGCAUUUCUUUCAUCCUUGAAGCAAAUUGCUGGUAUGGAAUCAAGCUCAAUAUCUCAGCCUUUCAUGACAGAGUUCUUUAAGCUUGUUUUAGGAACUCUCUCCCUCCCUAUUAAUCUUCCGGGCACAAAUUAUCGCCGUGGAUUACAGGCAAGGAAAAAUAUUAUAAGCAUUCUAAGUCAAUUACUAGAGGAAAGGAGAAAAUCAAAAGAUAGCUAUGAAGACAUGCUUGGUUGCUUGAUGGGAGGAAAUGAUAAUAAAAAAUGCAAACUAAGUGAUGAAGAACUUAUUGAUCUAAUAAUUACAAUUAUGUAUUCUGGUUAUGAAACUGUUUCAACUACAUCAAUGAUGGCUGUUAAGUAUCUCCAUGAUCAUCCUAAAGUUCUUGAUGAAAUUAGAAAAGAGCAUUUUGCGAUAAGAGAAAGGAAAAAGCCAGAUGAUCCUAUUGAUUGUAAUGAUCUCAAGUCAAUGAGGUUUACUCGUGCGGUGAUUUUUGAGACAUCAAGAUUAGCUACAAUAGUAAAUGGAGUUCUGAGAAAAACAACACAUGACAUGGAACUAAAUGGCUACAUGGUUCCUAAAGGGUGGAGGAUAUAUGUAUAUACUAGAGAGAUAAAUUAUGACCCAUUUCUUUAUCAUGAUCCACUAACAUUUAAUCCAUGGAGAUGGCUGGGUAAUAGUCUAGAGUCACAAAGUCACUUUUUGAUUUUUGGAGGAGGUACUAGACAAUGUCCUGGAAAAGAGUUGGGAAUAGCAGAAAUUUCCACUUUUUUGCAUUACUUUGUAACUAGAUACAGAUGGAAGGAAGUAGGAGGAGAUAAACUAAUGAAAUUUCCUAGAGUUGUGGCACCAAAUGGAUUGCACAUAAGAGUCUCAUCUUAUUAACUAGGCUUUUGUAUAUAUCAACAUUAACUAAUGAGAUAAGAUUAAAAAGCACAUAGUAGUAAUAGGGUUUUGUUUUGUAUCAUAAUGCUCUAACUAAUUAGAAAUUUAAGGAAAUUAGCUUAUUGUUCUUUUUGCAUCAUUUAAGACCAUUCAACUAUACUUUGAGCAGCAUUAAUUUAUAAGGCUAAUUAAUGGGACAUAUUCUACCGUGGACCUGGUGGUCCAUGAUCAUGUGUGGAUUGAUGUUUAAAAUGCUUAAUUAUAGUUUGAUUUUUCUUAAUUAA